AUGCGAGCUGGUCCAUUGCCAUUCUUUGGCGCGGCUAUUACCGCUUUGUCUGGCGUUUCUGCUCAGAGCUAUAAUACCAUUCCCGAGAUUGAAAUUUACGGCCAAAAGUUCUUCUUUGCCAAUGGCUCUCAAUUAAGUGAUCGUAGACUUACCAGUCGUAGCUUGAUGAGGGGCGUUGCCUACCAGGAGAAUUACAGUCCAAAUGGCACAGCAUCUACUAACACAAAGUACACUGAUCCUCUGGCCGAUGCCGACAAGUGCAAGAGGGAUAUCCCAUACCUCCAACAGAUCUACACUAAUCUUAUCCGUGUCUAUGCGAUCGAUCCUUCUCAAAACCACGAUGACUGCAUGACACAGCUUGCCGACGCCGGUAUCUAUGUUAUCGCUGACCUCGGAGAGCCGGGUACUUCUAUCGAAAGCAACGAUCCUAUGUGGGAUGUGACACUGUACCGCCGAUAUACUAGCGUUGUGGACACACUUCAGAAGUACAAGAACGUGGUCGGAUUCUUCGCCGGAAACGAAAACGUCAGUGCCGGAAAUCAGACCGCUGCUGCGGCAUUCGUGAAAGCAGCCGUCAGGGAUGUGAAGGGAUAUAUUAGUUCUCAGAAUUACCGCAAGACUCUGGGCGUUGGCUAUGCUACAGCCGAUGUGCCUACAAGGAACGAGCUUGCUCACUACUUCGCUUGCCAGCCUGGAGAUCUCGGAAACCAGACCGCGAUUGACUUCUGGGGCUACAAUGUUUACUCGUGGUGCGGAGACAGCACAUACCAGCAGUCGUCCUAUGGCGAGCGCGUGAAUUUCUUCAAGGACUACCCUGUCCCUGUUUUCUUCGCCGAGUACGGAUGCAACGAAAACCUUCCCGGUGGCCCUACCAGUCGACCUUUCACCGAGGUCGAGGUCCUCUAUGGUAACAUGACCGAUGUCUUCUCCGGAGGCAUUGUCUACGAAUACUUCAUGGGCGAGAACGAAUUCGGUCUUGUCUCCAUCGAUGGCAGCAACGUCAGCCCUUACCCGGAUUUCACCUCGCUCAAGAGCCAGCUUGCCACUAUCAGCCCAACCACCACCGCCAAAAGCGACUACAAGCCCUCCAACUCGGCACCUGCCUGCCCCUCCGUCGGAUCUUCAUGGGAAGCAAAGGCUACACCCUUGCCCCCAUCCGUAAACCCUCAACUAUGCUCGUGCAUGGUCCAAAACCUCCAGUGCAACAUCAAGUCCAACGAUGCAGAGGGCUAUGGUGCUGUAUUUGAUUACAUUUGCGGCCAGAAGGAGGAACUCUGUUCGGGCAUCGCACACAACGCUACCACUGGAUCGUACGGCGCUAUCAGUGGCUGCGACCCCAAGGACCAGCUCGCGUGGGUCGCCAACCAGUGGUUCUUGAGCAACAACAAGCAAGCUCGUGCAUGCGACUUCAGCGGUAUGGCAACCACCCAGGCGGCUACCGUCGCCUCGGGAUGCCAGAGCGUGCUAGAUGCUGUUGGUACGGCUGGUACUGGAACUGUUGCGAGCCCGACCGGAAAGGGAACUGAGGGUGCUACCGCGGCGACUAGCUCCUCAAAGGGUGCUGCUCCUGGUCUCUCAUCCCCGGCCUUCUUCGAACAUGGUCAUCUUAUUUUCGGCGCGUAUGUGUCCGUCGCUGUGAUCUCGCUGGUUGGAAUGUUUGCGCUAUAA